GCCGUGGUGUUCUGCUGCCGAGCUGAUCGCGCUACUAUGACCUAACCUAACUAAUUGUUAGUGCAGGAUAGUUAAUGGUGGUCAAGUGCGAGCUACUUUGAUCGAUCGAUCAAGAUGGCUAGAAAUACAUUUAAGCGUGAAUAAGGAAAAAAGAUUUCACUGCUGAUCAAACACUGAUAGCCGUGCUGCUGGUGCUGCUAAUUGCGUACCAGGAGGGAGCAGCAUUCAUCACCCAAAAGGGACCCAAUUAGACCCAUUUUCCGGGUGGGCUCAUCGUGUGUUCCUUGAUGUUUCCCCCGUACCCCCUCUCCCGGUGCUGUGAGUGCUUUUGAUGUGUCCGUGUCCGUGUCCGAGUGUGCAAGUGUGCUUUCGUAGUGUGUGGAAGUUUAAAUCGUGCCCGUGGAACGCAAAAUAAUAAUAGUAAUAAAAAAAAGGUCAACGAGUUCGGUUUGAUGCUCGCGCAAGGAUAGCGCGAAGCGAUAAUUAACCGAGCAGCGAGGCUCCGCGCCGCGCUCGUUGCUGCAGUGUCGAGUUUUCGAGAAAGUGCAAAGCCCCACGUGACACGCAGCUCCGUUCCAGCUAAUAUCGGAGUGGUGGUCGAGGUGGUAGUGACGGAAGUGAAAAUGAUUUCUCCGAAGGAGCACUCGGUGAGGCCGGUCGGUCGAAGGCAACUGGAGCUGCAGCAGACAAACCGAACCUCCCCGUCCUCCCGAAUGGCGCUGCUUGCUGGAUUGUUGGUGUUGUUGCUGCUACCUUCAGUGAUAGUGGCGCUCCGGGACGUCCAAGUGUCGGUACCACCGGCCGUACGCCGAGGAGAAACAGUGACGCUGCUCUGCUUCUACGAUUUGGAUGGCGAAAGCCUCUACGCGGUCAAGUGGUACAAGGGACGGCGCGAGUUCUACCGCUACACACCGAACGAAAGCCCCCCGUUGAAGAUAUUCCCGAUGCAGGGCGUCCAAAUUAAGCGUUCGGCAUCCAACGAAAGCCAUCUGGUGCUGCUGGACGUCUCGAUGGCCUCGUCGGGGAAGUACAGCUGCGAGGUGUCCGCCGAUGCGCCCUCGUUCCACACACUCAUCAAAACCGGUGAUCUGGAAGUUUGUGAGGUACCGAAGCAUGUACCGACGAUUCACGGUAUACGGUCGCGGUAUCGGAUCGGCGACAUUAUCCGCGGUAACUGCUCGUCCCACAGUGCACGACCACCCGCCAACAUCACCUGGUACAUCAACGAGGCCCAGGCAAAUCCAUCCUACAUCCGGACGCACAAACCAUUCCGGGAUCGGAAGAACGACCUGGAGACGGUGCUGGUUGGUAUUCACUUUGUGGCCAGCAGUCAUCACUUUAUCAACGGAAAGCUAAAGAUCCGCUGUACGGCCCGGAUACACGACAUCUAUCUACAGUCGACGGAGCGGUCGGUCGAUGAGGACCGGCCACGCGUCAUCUCGGCGGCUUCCUCGGCCAACGGUGGCAACGCUGGUGGUGGUGGUAGUAGCAGUGGCAGCAGCAGCAGCGAAAACGGAAAGUCCAUUCCCUACGACCACUUCCCGUACGGUGAGAACGAACUCGACCGGAAGGACUACAUGACACAUUUACAGGGAGACAUGGCCGCAUCCGGCGGCUCACCGGUCACUCGACCAACGCUCCUGAUGAGCGUGCUGGGGCGUCUUCGGCUGCCAUCAAUCAAUCACUCGGCCACCAGCCACAGGACAGCUCUGACGCCGCCGCCGCUGUCGCUCGCUUCCAUCGUCCUCGCCCUGACCGGACUGGCAUCCGUGUGGCCGCUCACCAACCACUUUGUCGCCGCAUGA